CAACCACAAACAAUAAUCAAACUGACAUACCUUAUCAUCAAUAAAGAUAUCAAUAUUCAAUUUGGAUCCUUGAAUUGGAUUGAUUAUACAUAUCAAAUAAUAAUUCUGGUACAUGGGCUGUGGGAAAUUGGUGUUAUUCGAUAUUUGAUAGUAUCAAUGGAGCCAGCAAUAAAGAAUAUUGUAGUAAGUUAUGCAGUUAGCACUAUUUUGAAUAUGGAAAUGGAAAGUGCAUUGAAAUGUAUAUUCGCUGGAGAAGAUGAUAGCGACAUUCUUCAUGAAAUAAUGGAUUCAAUGUGUAAUGAAGAAGUCCCGAAAAGUGAAAAUUUUUAUGAAAUUGUUAUACCAAGAUUUAAUACAAAAACCUUCCAGAGCCAUUUCAGAAUGACUCCUGAAUGUUUCCAUUUCAUUCUCAACAAACUUGAGAAUACUGAUGAGUUUCGGAAAACAGAACAUGAACAGUUUGGAGGUAGAGAAAGAAUCAAUACUGAGAAAACGUUGUUGGUAGCAGUCUGGUGUUUAGCCAACCCAGAAUCAUAUAGGUCAGUUGGAGAUCGCUUCAAUAUUACGAAAUAUUCUGUUCAUCACCUGAUACAUACAGUAGUGCAAGCUGUGAAUAAAUAUUUAUGUCAUAUAUUUAUCAGAUGGCCAACAAAUAUCGAAAAGAAUGUUAUUGCUGAACAUUACUCGAAAUAUGGACUGAAAAAAGUGAUAGGAGCAAUAGAUGGUUGUCAUAUACCCAUAAAAAAGCCCCAAGAUGAUGGUACAUACUAUUUCAAUAGAAAAAAAUUCUACUCAGUUAUUCUUCAAGGUGUAUGUAAGGAUAACCUCAUGUUUACAGAUGUUGAUGUCAGAUGGCCUGGAAGUGUGCAUGAUGCACGUGUAUUCAGGACUUCAGAUUUAUUUACUGUAGGCCAUAGACUUUGUGCUCCAGAUUACUAUUUGAUAGGAGAUUCAGCCUACCCAUCAAAUAAUUGGCUGUUAACACCUUACAAAAAUAAUGGUAAUCUGAUACAAUGUCAAAAGACUUUCAAUAAAGUAUUAUCAAAAACCAGGGUGAAGAUUGAACAUUCAUUCGGGUUGCUUAAAGGACGGUUUCGCCGAAUCAAAGAAUUAUUAGACAUGAAAUACAUGCAUAACAUCAACAGCACAAUAGUUGCAUGCUGUGUUCUCCACAAUAUUUGCUUGUUCAAAGGUGAUGAAGACAUUCGGCAAUAUAUCAGAGAUGGGACUGAUGGAAGUGAUAUCAAUGAUAGUGAAGAUAAUGAAAUUCAUUAUGGUAAUUAUUUCAUGGAGGAUAAUGAUGGCAUUCUCUUUCGAAACACAGUGGCUCAAGAUCUACUCCAUAGCAUCCAAC